CGGACUGCAGCAGCAGCAGCUGCACUGACACAACACGCCCACGACCACAGCCUGCGUCCCGCAGAAACUCUGAGGAAGAGAAGGACAGAACCAUAAUGGCAUCGCCGUCUUCCCCACUGGACCCAGAUCUAAUAAGGGAGGUUCUGGAGUGUCCUAUCUGCCUGGAGACCUACAACCAUGAACAAAUGAGGCCCAAACUCCUGCAGUGUGGUCACACAGUGUGCCGGCAGUGUCUGGAGAAGCUGUUGGCGAACACCAUCAAUGGUGUUCGCUGCCCCUUCUGUAGCAGGGUCUCCCGUAUGAGCAGCAUUUCCCAGCUGGCUGAUAAUCUCACUGUGCUGAAGAUCCUUGAUUGCACUUUAUCCUGCAGUGCUGCAGCUGCUGCCCUCAUGUGUAAGUCCUGCUGCAACCGUCUACCACGUCAGUACUGCCAUGACUGUGCCACAGUCCUUUGUGAGCUCUGUAAAGGAGAGGGCCACCUGCAUCAAGGCCAUCUAGUCCAACCGAUAAGGGUGGCUGCUGAACAGCGGCGUAAAGAACUGGGUGGCAAGUUGAAUACUCUGCGAAAUGUCAUGGGAGAAAUUCAGAAGAAAAAGACAGCUAUUGAAAACAUUUCCAAGUCUUUGAGACUUAAGUACCGCACAGUGCAGCAGGACUAUACAACAGCUGAGCUACGUCUUCAAGAAGAACUGAGCAGGUCUCGACGGGCAUUCACAACUUCAAUGGCAGAAGUGGAGAAACUCAAUGGGCAGGUCCUGGAGGAGCAGACGUAUCUUCUUAACAUUGCAGAAGUGAAGGUGGUGUCACGCUGUGAUUAUCUGACAAUACGGGUGAGGCAGAGUGAUAUUACUCUGUUAAAGGACAAUGGUGGGGGGAGUGAUGAUGAGGAGGAACUGGAUCUGAGGAGCAGCUUGCCCACCAUGUUUCAGCUGCAGGAGCCGGAGCUGGUCCGAGCCGAGCGCUCUAAGCCGAUAGAAGUGGGUCAGAUAACAACAAACACUUACACUGUCAAUACAGACGAUGAGGAGAGUGGGUUAGAGAUUGCACUUGAAGGUGAUAUAGAGGGACUAGGUGGGGCAGCUGGGGCUACCAGUGGUGCGAUGGAAGCUCCUUUGGAUCUAUACAGAGACAUAGAUAUGGUUGCAGCUAUAGAGGAGGCUGUAUGCAGUUCACCAGGCAGCUUUAAGUCUAAGUCCAUGGAUGCAGGUGGAGGAUCACCUGGAGGAGCCGGGGCAAGUGCAGGGCCCCCAGUCUGCCAGUUUGUGAAGAAGAUGGGCUGCAAGGGAACUCUGCCUGGUAUGUUCAAUUUACCCGUCAGCAUCUGCGUAACAGCACAAGGUGAGGUGCUGGUGGCAGAUCGCGGCAACUACCGUGUCCAGAUAUUUAAUCGCAAAGGUUUCCAGCGUGAAAUCCGCCGCAAUGCCAGUAGCAUUGAUAACUUUGUCCUGAGCUUCCUUGGUGCUGACUUGCCUAACCUCAUCCCAUUAUCCAUUGCGGUCACUCCUCAAGGUCUGAUUGGGAUCACUGACAACUACGAUAACUCUGUUAAAGUCUACACUAUGGAAGGACACUGCGUGGCUUGCCACAAGAACCAGCUGAUUAAACCUUGGGGCAUUGCUGCCAUGCCAUCAGGCCAGUUUGUGGUGUCAGAUGUGGAAGGUGGCAAGCUGUGGUGCCUGGCAGUGGACCGCAAUGUGGGUGUGGUCAGCUACAACCGAUUAUGCUCUGCCGUGCGGCCAAAGUUUGUGACAUGUGAUGCGGCUGGAAAAGUCUAUUUCACGCAGGGUCUGGCACUGAACUUUGAAAAACGCCACAAUGAGCCCCAUCUGGAGGGUGGCUUCUCAAUUGGGUCAGUGGGCUCUGACGGCCAGCUGGGCAAGCAGCUCAGCCAUUUCUUCUCUGAGACAGAGGACUUCCGCUGCAUCACUGGCAUGUGUGUGGAUGCCAAUGGGGAUUUGCUGGUAACAGACAGUGGCAGGAAAGAAAUCCUCCAGUUUCCCAAAGAGGGUGGAUUCAAAAUUCUCAUCCCAGACGGGCUGACCUGCCCUGUGGGAGUGGCCACCACCCAGAAAGGACAGCUGCUGGUGCUGGACUGUUGGGAUCACUGUGUCAAAGUCUACUCAUACAUUCAGAGGAGGCACUCUUCCACUUCUUAAAGGAACAAUCCAGUCUAACUGCCCCUGAGCAUAAUUGGUUUAGUAUGUGUGUACAACAUGUGGUGGAAAAGGUAGAAAAACACUAUUAUCUGUCUCUUUGGUUUGGCUGCAGUACAAACAAUUUUUGCUCCAGCUUUUAUUGGGUUAUUACUGUAAAUGAAUGCUGCAGUCGGUUUCAUUUGGUUUAAAGAAAACUGGUUUUAAUUUAAUACCUCAAAUUGAAAAUCAGCUACUUAAACUGCCCCUACCUAGUUAUAUGAAUGGAUUACAACACUAAAACAGACCUUGCAACAUUUUUAUGUGGAAGAAUACUGGCACAAGUUGUCUCAUUAAAAUAAGCGAAACAAGCCAUUGAUGUCAAAGCUAAUGCAUACGCAAAGUACAGAUGAUUUUUUUCCCCUUUCCCUUAUUGGCUGCUAUAUCCACAAAUUCAGCCUGACUCUGUGAUGCACGGCUUUCACCGAUUUGGCUCAGCUUUACAAACAAAAGGAGCAGAGGAAGAGCUAAAAAUGAACAUGUAUUUACAGAUUGAAUAAAGCAUACUGAGGCUUUUGGCCUGUGAAGCACUUUAUUAUUGACACGUCACUGUUUCCUGGUGUUAGGUUUUAGUAGCACAGACUAACAUUGAUGAUGCUGAAUGCGGCUGGCAGCUUUAACGUUGCCUGUGCAGUUAGCUCAUGGAGAAACAGUAACCAAGUAUCAGCAUCCACCGAAUUUCAUUCAUUAACAUUCAGGGAGUAUUAAGUUGCCCACAGGAACAUGUGUUGAACUAUAAAAUAACAACAUGUCCUGUGGAGAGAAUCUGGGUAAUAUUGGGUGAUAUUAAAAUGUAAUUUACAGGAGUCCUAAGAGUUCUAUAACCAUCAUCUGGUAAAUUAGUCACUUUUUUUUAAAGCUUCUUUGAGGUUUGCUGACUUGAUCUGAAGAAGGGAUACCUAUGUACUUGUACUUAAUAAUACUGUCUUAUUGUGUGAAACAUAAACACACAAGAGGAAAUCUGAAGUAACAUUUGUUUGUUUUUGUUUAACUCGUCACAUUUAAGAAUGAUCAUAUACUUCUUAUACUUCCUGUUCACUAUCUAGUUCCACUCUAAUCUAAUCCUUGGCAGAGUCGGCAUUAUUUACAUCAGUGUCCAGAUGGUUUGCUUCAGCUGUCAUUAAUAACAGUAACACAGUUCUUGGGUCCCAGGUGACACUGGUAAUUUCCAAGGCCGUUAAAUAUGCAAGACAGCGUCCCUUGGCUCUGAUUUCUGUUUUCCACAUCGUCUCACCUUCAUUAUACAGUUGUCCACACAUUACUUACAUUGCUAUGCCGCUAACUAGCACUAAAUAACUCUAUGACCCAGACCACAUUAAGCUUGUACCCUAGCAGACACCUAGAACUUGAAUAACGUUUACAAACCUUUUUCAACACAAUGUUUCUUCCAGAGAAGUUGCUCCGUGUCCUCAUGUGUAGACACUGGUUACACAGUGUAGGGAGCGGCAGGAGUGUUCAGAAUAGCAUUACAAGGGUCAUCACACACCAAAACAAUGGGUUGCUUUGUCUUCCUCAGGUUUCAAAAACCAGACAACUGCAACCUGAGUUCUCUAGUGUGAUAUGUUUUAAAACAACAGUCAUAUACAGUGUUUAGCUCGUUAGUACUAGUGUUAGUUAAAACUGUUAAAAAUGUGUGUAGUGUAUUAUUUUAUCAUGUAAGUGAAUUUCAUUUUCAGUCUAUGAGAAGCAUAAGGAAGAUGAUGCUUUCAGGUAAACUAAUAAAAGUCACCUUUAAUCAAACAAUAUUAGUGGCCUAAAUAUGGGGAAUCAAGUUAAUCAUUGAAACCCAUGUAAUAAUAUUGUAAUAUUGUAUGUAACAUAUUCUCUGUCCAGAAAAUCAAAUAGUGAAUACGCCUGCUCUAAGGCACCUUGUAUCUUCCAGUCCACAUCUGCUCAUCAGAGCAUAUUGCAUACUAACUCAGUUUCAGCCUUAAAAAUACAUGAUUUCACUAAGCUGACCUUAACUCUGCACCUGGAGCCCUAUUCAACAGUAAAAUACAAAUAAAUAUAUAUGAGAGUCAGACAUACACAGUGUUUUUAAAGUUUCAACAUAAAGAGAUUAGGAUAAAAAUAAAGACCAGAAUUUAAGUAUUUAGGUGAAGUCUGUCACAGUCACAUCCUUGUGCUUUCAUGU